AGUUCUUAUAAUCUUCUUAUUGCCAAACAGGAGAGCCUUGGCACUGACUACAGGCAUCAUAGUUGCUGGUGGAACAGCUGUGUACCUGCAACUACGACUGCAGAGAAGAUUUACAAGUCCUGAUUCUUUAGAUGUUUAUGUUGGACCUGUUAAUUUUAAAGAGAAAACAAAUAAAGCAGAUGGCAAUGAUGGUAUUGUAAAGAAAACUAGGCAAAAGAAAGGAGGAUUGAAAUCACUUCAAGUUCUGGCUGCAAUCCUUCUCUCUCACAUGGGUCAAAUUGGUGCAAGGGACCUUUUAGCUUUAGUGGCUAUAGUGGCACUGCGGACUGCACUGAGUAAUAGGCUAGCAAAAGUUCAAGGCUUCUUAUUUCGUGCUGCUUUUCUAAGACGUGUCCCAUCCUUUCUACGUCUGAUAAUUGAAAAUCUUUUCCUAUGUCUCCUUCAGUCGACCCUGUUUUCCACCUCAAAGUAUAUUACAGGGACAUUAAGUUUGCGGUUCAGGAAAAUAUUGACUGAGCUUAUCCAUUCCCAUUAUUUUGAGGUACUUGUGUCUGUCACCACGGUAUCUUGGUUUCUUUAAAUCUUUAAUAUUUAG